GCGGCUCCGGGGGCUCGGCUUUGCCGCGCUCGCUGCACUUGGGCGAGAGCUGGAACGCGGACCAGAGCUCGGAUCCCAGCGCAGCCACCGCGAUGAGAGGCGCUCGCGGCGCCUGGGAUUUUCUCUGCUUUCUGCUCCUCCUGCUCCGCGUCCAGACAGGCUCUUCUCAACCAUCUGUGAGUCCAGGGGAAGUGUCUCCACCAUCUAUCCAACCAGCAAAAUCAGAGUUAAUAGUCAGCGUGGGCGACGAGAUUAGGCUGUUAUGCACUGAUCCGGGCUUUGUCAAAUGGACUUUUGAGAUCCUGGAUCAAAUGAAUGAGAAUAAGGAGAAUGAAUGGAUCAUGCAAAAGGCAGAGGCCACCAACACCGGCAAAUACACGUGCACCAACAGACACGGCUUAAGCAGUUCUGUUUACGUGUUUGUUAGAGAUCCUGACAAGCUUUUCCUUGUUGACCGCUCCUUGUAUGGGAAAGAAGACAAUGACACGCUGGUCCGCUGUCCUCUCACAGACCCAGAAGUGACCAAUUACUCCCUCAAGGGGUGCCAGGGGAAGCCUAUUCCCAAGGACUUGAGGUUUGUUCCUGACCCCAAGGCUGGCAUCACGAUCAAAAGUGUGAAACGCGCCUACCAUCGGCUCUGUCUGCAUUGUUCCGCGGACUGGAAGGGCCAGUCAAAGCUGUCGGAGAAAUUCAUCCUGAAAGUGAGGCCAGCCUUCAAAGCUGUACCUCUUGUGUCUGUGUCCAAAGCAAGCUAUCUUCUUAGGGAAGGGGAAGAAUUCACAGUGACAUGCACAAUAAAAGAUGUGUCUAGUUCUGUGUACUCAUCAUGGAAAAAAGAGAACAGUCCGCAGACUAAACUACAGGAGAAAUAUAAUAGCUGGCAUCAGGGUGACUUCAAUUAUGAACGUCAGGCAACGCUGACUAUCAGUUCAGUGAGAGUUAAUGAUUCUGGAGUGUUCAUGUGUUAUGCCAGUAAUACUUUUGGAUCAGCAAAUGUCACAACAACCUUGGAAGUAGUAGAUAAAGGAUUCAUUAAUAUCUUCCCCAUGAUAAACACUACAGUAUUUGUAAACGAUGGAGAAAAUGUAGAUUUGGUUGUUGAAUAUGAGGCAUUCCCCAAACCUGAACACCAGCAGUGGAUCUAUAUGAACAGAACCUUUACUGAUAAAUGGGAAGAUUAUCCCAAGUCUGAGAACGAAAGUAAUAUCAGAUAUGUAAGUGAACUUCAUCUAACCAGAUUAAAAGACACCGAAGGAGGCACUUACACAUUCCUGGUGUCCAAUUCUGAUGUCAGUGCUUCCAUAUCAUUUACUGUUUAUGUGAACACAAAACCAGAAAUCCUGACUUACGACAGGCUCAUGAAUGGCAUGCUCCAAUGUGUGGCAGCAGGAUUCCCAGAGCCCACAAUAGAUUGGUAUUUUUGUCCAGGAACUGAGCAGAGAUGCUCUGCUCCUGUACUGCCAGUGGAUGUGCAGAUACAAAACACAUCUGGGCCACCGUUUGGAAAACUAGUGGUUCAGAGCUCCAUAGAUUCUAGUGCAUUCAAGCACAAUGGCACGGUUGAAUGUAAGGCUUACAACGAUGUGGGCAAGACUUCUGCCUAUUUUAACUUUGCAUUUAAAGGUAACAACAAAGAGCAAAUCCAACCCCACACCCUGUUCACUCCUCUGCUGAUUGGUUUCGUAAUCGUAGCUGGCAUGAUGUGCAUUAUUGUGAUGAUCCUGACCUACAAAUAUUUACAGAAACCCAUGUAUGAAGUACAGUGGAAGGUUGUUGAGGAGAUAAAUGGAAAUAAUUAUGUUUACAUAGACCCGACACAACUUCCUUAUGAUCACAAAUGGGAGUUUCCCAGAAACAGGCUGAGUUUUGGGAAAACCCUGGGUGCUGGUGCUUUCGGGAAGGUUGUCGAGGCGACUGCUUAUGGCUUAAUUAAGUCGGACACGGCCAUGACUGUCGCUGUAAAGAUGCUCAAACCAAGUGCGCAUUUAACGGAACGGGAAGCCCUCAUGUCUGAACUCAAAGUCCUGAGUUACCUUGGUAAUCAUAUGAAUAUUGUGAAUCUUCUUGGAGCCUGCACCAUUGGAGGGCCCACCCUGGUCAUUACAGAAUAUUGUUGCUAUGGUGAUCUUUUGAAUUUUUUGAGAAGAAAACGUGAUUCAUUUAUUUGCUCAAAGCAAGAAGAUCAUGCAGAAGCUGCACUUUAUAAGAAUCUUCUACAUUCAAAGGAGUCUUCCUGCAGCGAUAGUACUAAUGAAUACAUGGACAUGAAACCUGGAGUUUCUUACGUUGUCCCAACCAAGGCCGAGAAAAGGAGAUCUGCAAGAGUAGGCUCAUACAUAGAAAGAGAUGUGACUCCUGCCAUUAUGGAGGAUGACGAGUUGGCCCUAGACUUAGAAGACUUGCUGAGCUUUUCUUACCAGGUGGCAAAGGGCAUGGCUUUCCUCGCCUCUAAGAAUUGUAUUCACAGAGACUUGGCAGCCAGAAAUAUCCUCCUUACUCAUGGUCGAAUCACAAAGAUUUGUGAUUUUGGUCUAGCCAGAGACAUCAAGAAUGAUUCUAAUUAUGUGGUUAAAGGAAACGCUCGAUUACCUGUGAAGUGGAUGGCACCUGAGAGCAUCUUCAAUUGUGUUUACACAUUUGAAAGUGACGUCUGGUCCUAUGGGAUUUUUCUUUGGGAGCUGUUCUCUUUAGGAAGCAGCCCCUAUCCUGGAAUGCCAGUCGAUUCUAAGUUCUACAAGAUGAUCAAGGAAGGCUUCCGGAUGCUCAGCCCUGAACACGCCCCUGCUGAAAUGUAUGACAUAAUGAAGACUUGCUGGGAUGCAGAUCCUCUAAAAAGGCCAACCUUCAAGCAAAUUGUUCAGCUUAUUGAGAAGCAGAUUUCAGAGAGCACCAAUCAUAUUUACUCCAACUUAACAAACUGCAGCCCCAGCCAGCAGAAGCCCGUGGUGGACCAUUCCGUGCGGAUCAAUUCCGUCGGCAGCACUGCGUCCUCCUCCCAGCCUCUGCUUGUGCGCGAUGACGUCUGAGCAGAAUGAGAGUUCGGGUCACCCCCUCCAGGAAUGAUCUGUUGUUUUGGCUUCCAUGAUGGUUAUUUUGUUUUCUUUCAGCUUGCAUCCAACUCUGGGAUAGUGGGUACCCCACCACAGUCCUGUCUUUCUGAGCACACUUUAGUGGUCGAUGAUUUUUGUCAUCAGCCACCAUCCUACUGCAAAGGUUCGAACUGUAUAUAUUCCCCAUAGCACCGUAACUCCUACCAUAAACAGCAAACAUUCUGAUUUGGACAAAAGAGAGGGAAGUAUGGGCUGCGUGCCCAGAAUUCUUUCCAAGGCUCCUCCAAUUCUGCUUGAAAACAUGAUUGAUAGCUUACCUGAAUAAAUGGUAGUCAUCACAUUUGGCCUUCAGAAUCAUCCAUAGUAGUAUGAUGAUGCAACAAGCCUAGAAGCUGAAAACAAAGGACAGAGUAGGAACAUCUGGGCUUAAGAAAUCUAAUAUUUCAUGCUGGGAAUGAGACGUAGGCCAUGAUAAAAAAUGAUCCCCAAGUGUGAAUAAAAGAUGCUCUUCUGUGGGCCACUGCACAAGCUUUUGUACUGACCUGGUUUUUAAAUAGAGUUUGCUGUUAGAGUGUUGAAUUGGAGAGAAGGCCUCCCCAGCCAGCACCUGUAUAUACUCAUCUAUAAAUUGUCCGUGUUCAUACAUUUGAGGGGAAAAUACCAUAAGAUUUCGUGUCCGUAUACAACCCUGCCAUUAUGUCCACUGUGUAUAGAAGUAGAUUAAGAGCCAUAUAAAUUUGAAGGAAACAGUUAAUACCAUUUUUUUAAGGAAACAGUGUAACCACCAAGCACAGUCUGAACAAAGUCUCCUCUUUUAGCUAAUGAACUUAACGCUAUAGCUUCUGCAGAACAAGACGAUCAGCUUCAGAAUGGCAUUGUACUCAAUGGAAUUGAUGCUGUUUGACAGAGUUACUGAUUCACUGCAUGGCUCCCGCAGGAGUGAGAAAACACUGCCGUCUUAGUUUGGAUUCUUAUGUAGCAGGAAAUAAGAGUUUAGAUUCAGCCUCCUUCACAGACAUGUCCUGGACGCCAGGCCAGUAUCUAUAUAAGUGUGUAUGUGUUUGUACGUUUGUAUGCGUGUAGACAAAUAUUUGGAGGGCUAUUCUUGCCCUGAGUCCAAGAAGGUCCUUUAGUACCCAAAAAGUCACUUGGCUUUCAUCGUUAGUACUGCUCUUGUUUCUUUUUGCAUAGCUAUCUAGAGUAGCUUACCAGAAGCUUCCAUAGCAGUGCAGAGGAAGUGGAAGGCAUCAGUCCUAUGUAUUUGCAGUCCACCCGCACUUAAGGCACGCUGUUAUUUAGGCUCAUUCCUACUGUAUCUGUUCCUUAAACUUUCCAUAAUGCUACUGUCUCACUGAAACAUUUAAAUUGUACCCUUUGACUGUAGCCUGGAUAUUAUUCUUAUAGCUGGCCUUUUAAAAAAAAAAAAAUUCUCCGUCCUCACUGCCCAAUAUAAAAGGUAAAUGUGUACAUGACAAAGUUUGUUUGUUGUCUUCAAAGGUUGCCUUCACGGUUUCCCCCUUCUGCGUUCCUUAGAUGACAUUUAGAGAACUGUGGCCGUUACCUGGAAGUGACCAUUUGCACUGGAGUUCUACACUCUUCGCACCUUUCCAAAGUUAACAGAUUUGGGGUUGUGUUGUCACCCAAGAGAUUGUUGUUUGCCAUACUUUGUCUGAAAAAUUCCUUUGUGUUUCUAUUGACUUCAAUUAUAGCAAGAAAAGUGGGUGUUAGUUAUUAGAUGUCUAGGUACUACAGGGGCACUUCAUUGAGAGUUUUGUCUUGGAUAUUCUUGAAAGUUUAUAUUUUUAUAAUUUUUUUUUUACAUCAGAUGUUUCUUUGCAGUGGCUUAAUGUUUGAAAUUAUUUUGUGGCUUUUUUGUAAAUAUUGAAAUGUAGCAAUAAUGUCUUUUGAAUAUGCCCAAGCCCAUGAGUCCUUGAAAAUAUUUUUUAUAUAUACAGUAACUUUAUGUGUAAAUAAUGUAAGCGGUGUAAGUUUAAAGGAUGUUGGUGUUCCACGUGUUUUAUUCCUGUAUGUUGUCCAACUGUUGACAGUUCUGAAGAAUUCUAAUAAAAUGUAAAUAUAUAAAGCAA